ACUUCAUGAAAGGGCAAUCCGUGGCCGUCUACCGGCGGGCACUCUUAGCAGUGAAUCAUUUCUUCAACUCUCGCAUAGAUGGGAUGUUGCGGUGAAGAGGAGGAAGACGGGCUCCUCCAUGUCCUCCUCCAUGAUCCAAAUCCCUCCGCUGAAGCAGAAGAAUCCAACUCUACCUCCGCCGAAGCAGUGCUCUCCCCGAUGAAUUCCCACUUCUCGGCUCUAGGAACAAGGGACGUCCUCCGCUCGAUCCUACAACUGCUACCGUCGUCGGAUCUGGCUCGGGCUGCGUGCGUUUGCAGGGUGUGGAGGGAGGUUGCCUCUGAACGGGAAGUGCAGGAGCGGGCUUUCCGAGAACCGUGGAACGUCCGGCGGCUUAUUGGUUCUCCGUCAUCUGCUAGCUUUUGGCGCUACCCUGGCCUCAAUAGAUUCGCGAUCUCCCAUCUCCUCUUACGCGGCGACACCGUUGCUGGCGUUGCCCUCAAGUAUUCCGUGCAGGUGAUGGACAUUAAGCGUCUAAACAAUAUGAUGAGUGACCAUGGAAUUUACUCAAGAGAGAGGCUUCUCAUACCCAUAAGCAAUCCAGAACUUCUCCAGGACAGCAUCUGCUACAUUGAGUUAGACGGUCAUGCAAAGAGAGAAGUUGCAGUUCUCUAUUUAGAAGGUGGGCCUAAUGGAAAAUCUACUCCUAUUAGUGGUUUCAUCACUGAAAGAAGCAGGAAGAAAAUACUUGAUUCCAUGAAGCGAAGUAUGCAUGUAGAUGAUGAAACUGCAGCAUAUUACUUGUCAAUCUCAAAUAACAAUCCCAGGGCUGCUUUUCUUCAGUUCUCUGAGGACCUUGGGUGGGAGCAAAGGCGAUGAACGCCCCGGAAGUUCACAUCAUAAUUCCAUAAAUGAUUGAAACAUUACAAAAUGUUUGUCUUAGUAUAUAGUAUUUUUGCCUCAGUAUUCUCGGGCUUAACUCAAGGGAAAGGAGGUAUGUUACCGAAGCUAAACUUCUAUUGUUGUUGAUGUAAUCUUAAUUUUGUCUUCAUUCUAGGCAAUUUCAGCUGCA